GUAUUGUUUAUUGAUAAGCUGCGGGAUACAACAAAAAUGCAAAAUCUUUUAAGUUAUUAUCAAAUACCAAUAUUACUAUUCAAGUCAAACAUAACAUUUCCUCCUAUAUGUGAUCGUUAUUUUAAACUAUAACGCUUUUAUUAAACUGACAAUAAUAAAUCAAUAAAACAAACUUAUAAUGUCAUCAAGUAGUAGACCGGAUGAUCAUCGGCGAAAAUGGGACCGAGACGAAUACGAAAAGUUAGCCAGAAAGAGACUGAUGGACGAUCUCGACGACGAUCGUUCCAAGGACCUAUCACCAAUAAAAAGGGAAAUGCUUAAGCAACGAGAUUACCGCGUCGACUUAGACUCAAAACUUGGAAAAAGUGUUGUUAUUACUAAAGCCACUCCUUCUUCUCAAAGUGGAGGAUACUACUGUAAUGUUUGUGAUUGUGUGGUUAAAGAUUCCAUUAAUUUUUUGGAUCAUAUAAAUGGAAAAAAACAUCAAAGAAAUUUAGGAAUGUCCAUGAAGAUUGAAAGAUCAUCAUUGGAUCAAGUUAAAAAACGAUUUGAAACAAAUAAAAAAAAAAUGGAAGAAAAGAAAAAAGAUUAUGAUUUAGAACAGCGUUUACGAGAAUUGAAAGAAGAAGAAGAGAAAUUAAAGGAAUAUAGAAAAGAAAAAAAGAAGGAGAAAAAACGAAAACAUGACGAUUUAGAUGAUGAACCUCAAAAGGAUGAUAUGGCAGCAUUAAUGGGAUUUUCAGGUUUUGGGACGUCCAAUAAAUGACAGUUGUUAAGAAACGUAAUAAGGUUAAAGUGAUAAAAUAGUAAAUUCAAAAAUUCAAUAAUUUUCAGUAAUAAUGAAUUAUAACAUUUAAAAUUGUAAUGAAACUGCUUUCUAGAAAUUCAUAAACAUUUUU